AUGAAGGGUGAUGUGGAUGGUGCAGAGACCUGGAGCCACCCUCCUGUCCCAGUGAGACCCCCAUUCAUAGUGCUGACAGAUCUGCCAAGAGAGCAACCACAGCGCCCCACUGAGAGCGGAGGAUCCUGCAUUCCUGGUGGUUCAAGAGUUCCAAGAUACCCCCGUGGGCUAACAGCUGCUGUUGCAGAAGAUUCCUUAGCAACAGUAGAAAUAAAUAGUUCUGAAAGCCUGGCAGGCAGGAGGCUAAAGGAACAUGAUUCUAUUAAUAAGUCCCAAGAAUUCUCUCAUAGCCCUCUGACACCAACGGUAGGGGGCACAAGAGUCCACAAUGGGGCUGCUAAGAAAGGUGGAAAUAACAUAAAAUCCUAUGCAUCAUUGCCACAAGGCAAAGUGAUCUUUCCACCUAGGGGUGCACAAGUAAGAAACCCUCCAUAUAUCCCCACCGUUAGAUCAGGAAUAAUGAUGGAAGUACCUUCAAGAAAUACUAAAAUGCCCUCCAAUGGGAGAUUGGCUCAUGUUUCUUUUCCACUCCACCGGCCAGAUCACCCUGUGGAUAAUUGGCAAAGGCCCGUGCCUUUGUCUUCAAGUUUUCUAGGCUUUCCUUUCUCUUCUGCUCAUUGCUUCAUACCUCCGCAAGCAGUGAGUUUCAAGCCAUUUCUCACUACACCUGUUGCUUUUGCUUCUCCGCCCAUAUUUGGGGCCCCUUUGUCACCUUAUUUUGCCCAUUAUCAUCCUGGGUUAAUUAGACCCCAUUCAUCUCCGAAGAGAGAGUUCAAAUGA